AUGCGCGGUUGGGAAGGAAUGCCGUCUCAUGAGUCGACAAAGCAAUUCAAGUGGUACAUGGAAGAGUACGCAGGUUCCCCGUCCAGCCGAGACUCAAUCGUGCCCAAGUACAACUGGGGGUGCAGCGAGUUCAUGGCGAUGGCAGCCAACUUCCUUCAGCGGGAAAUCUAUGUUCUAGCAUACGACACAGACCACAAGAAGCAGUGGUACUGUUCAAUGUACAAAUCGAGCACGACGAAGCGAGGGACUCAGACGUACGAAAUUGGGCAGCAUAUUCCUCUGCAAGUAGGGCGGUGCACUGCCCUAAUUCGAGCGGCAAAAAUGCGCGACACCUGUCCACCCCUAGUCAUUCGGCACUGGGGCGAACAUUACUCGGCGUUUGUUCACAAGAGAGCACCAGUGAGUCAGCCGCAGCAACCGGACCAAGUAACAAGCUUGCAGCCGUCCAGCUGUGCUCAGGAACCAGGACACACGCAACCACUACACGAUGGCGACUCCUCUCAAGUUGCAUGGAGCCUGACGGGAUGGGACGGCAAUGUGACGGAACUUCACCGUAAGCUCACAGGCCUGACAAUCUCUCAUGACCUGAAGUGUGAGAUUCAUCUCAUCCUCGAGCAUGCCGAUCCAUCGCGGUACAGCGAGCUGUUAGCGUUCCUAGUGAACACUGCAUCCCAGCUAUCACUACCUGAAAGAGAACAACUCAGGAGCAUGGACCUGUUUGCCGAACACUCAGCAGACGUGACAGCCCUCUUGCAAAAAUACCAGAUUCCAUUAGCGACUCUACGGCUAUGGCAAACCGAAAGUGCCCAAGCUCAGCAAGACGAACGAGAUAUGCAAUGCUCUCAGGAGUCCAGACAGAGCCAUAAGUCGGACUCUUCCUAUCUACCAUCCAGCGCCAACUCAUCGCAAGAGAUGCCACCAGCACGAAGGAAGCCCGGAAGGGUCAAGGAAGCAAGCACCAAAACGUCCAAGCGUCCCCAUACUCUCACGCCCAUGGAGGCAGAGCGUAUACGACAGAGGAUGAAGCCCAAACAAGCGCACCCGGGCCAGACCGACGGGACACAGCUGAUGAUGGACGAGCCCAUGCCACGAGCUUAUGAAGGCAACGACAGUGGUGCAGCGACCGAGUGGGCGGACAGGUGGAAUAACCUCGCCGGGGUAUGGCCGUCAACGACAACCGCUCCAUUUCCUCUGUUCACGAGCACGCCAGACGAGUGGAGUUACACGGCGCAACAGGAACCCGCUCAACUGGCACUUAUGUGCCAACUAUUUGAAUUCCCAGAAGAAGUCUUGAGUUCUCUUGGUGACAAAGUUCUAGAGGUUUGGACAGCAGCUUGGCGACACGAGUGUCUUCACGGACGACUAGUCGCCUAUCGCAGUCGUACAACGGACAGAGCCACCAGGAAAUGGAUUGAUGAGUGGAUAACAAAGCUGACACGACCUCCGCCGCAAAAUCUAGCCCCGCUGAUUGAUAACAGGGAAGCCUGGACACGCCUACGAAACAACAGCUACGGAAACGACGACAUUCUGAAGCUUUGCGAUGUUGGUAAUAAGAGACGACUAGCGCAACAUCUGCUCUGCGCCAUCAUUUAUGAGAAGGAAUUGCAGGUGUUGACCGGAACCGAGGAGGACCCAGAUAAUGGUUCCCUCUCCAAGUUGAUGCGACACUUACUAGCGCUGGAAGUGAACGCCCGGUACAGGGAUGCUUACCCCGUAGCUCGUGGACAUGUGGACUGGGGAGCAGUAGCACGCUUCUUCUCCGACGCGGUUGAACGCGGCGGAGGGGAGUGGGACCGCGAUCAUUAA